GAUUCAUUUGAAGAAAAUGAUAUCUAUCAGGAUUCGUUUGAAGAAAAUGAUAUCUAUCAGGAUCCAUUUGAAGAAAAUGAUAUCUAUCAGGAUCCAUUUGAAGAUAAUCAUAUCCAUAGUCAUGAUUUCUCAGAUGAAGAACUAGAUCCACGUUAUUUUUUAGCAGAAGAAGACUAUUAUUCUGAAGAAUCCUCCAAUUCAGAAUAUUCAAGACCUGUAAAUGAAAAUAGUCCUGAUUUUACUAAUAAAAUACCAAAUAUGGAAAUCAUUGAAAUUAGUGAUUCCGAACAAGAUAUUACUACUCAUGAAAAAGGAAAACAGCAAGCCUACUCUAUCGAACCACAAGAAAAUAAAGUGGUACAAUUAAAAGAAGGUUUAAUGGUGAUUGAUGUAAGGAUGAUUGAUGUAUCAAAGCAGGAAGCAGUUCACGGAAAAAAAUUAGUACAACCGGAAAAUGUUAUGAUGGCUAAUGAUUUGGCGGUAAUUCAUCGUGUUAUUAUGCCCAUCGUGGCUUAA